UUCUCUCUUCGGAGUUAUAGGAUGACUUCUCUGAACUUCUCUGAAGAAGGAUUCUUUGAUGUUGACUGAAAACCUACUAAGAGGACCAUGUAUUUGUACUGGACUGGGGGUCUAUCAGCAAACAGCAUCUGAUUCAAAUGGUUAUUUAUGAAACAAAAGAAGAGAAAGUUCAUUGGAUUUGAAAGCUGGAAAUGGCUUUUGUGAAAAGAGUAUCGUUGGAGGAUCUCUCUUGUCCUGUGUGCACUGAAAUAUUCAAGGCUCCUGUUAUGCUGUCAUGUAGUCACAGUGUCUGUAAAGAAUGUCUUCAGAAGUUCUGGCAAACCAGAAAUACUCAGGAUUGUCCUGUCUGCAGGAGAAGAUCUUCAAAACUCGGUCCUCCUUGCAAUCUGGUGUUAAAAAACUUGUGCGAGUCGUUGACAGUAGAAAGCGCUUCAGGGUCCGAGGAGGUCUGCAGUCUCCACAACGAGCAACUCAAACUUCUCUGCUUAGACGAUGAUCAGCUUGUGUGUGUCGUGUGCAGAGAUUCAGAAAAACACGGGAAUCACAGAUUCCGCCCCGUUAAUGAAGUUGUUCCAUCUUACAAGGAGCAGCUCAAAACAGCCUUGACGUCCUUACAAGAGAAGCUUAAACAUACAGAAAAAAUGAAAAAAGAGUAUAAUACAACAGUUCUGCAAACCAAGACUCAGGCCGAGCACACAGAGCAGCAGAUUAAAGAGGAGUUUAAGAAGCUUCAUCAGUUUCUGCGAGAUGAAGAAAAAACUACAAUCGCUGCACUGAGGAAAGAGGAAGAGCAGAAGAGUCAGAAGAUGAAAGAGAAGCUUGAGGAGAUUAACAGACAGAUCUCAGCUCUAUCAGAAACAAUAGAAGACAUAGAGGAGAAGAUGAACGCCAGUGAUGUCUCAAUUCUACAAGAAUUCAAUGUCACAAUGGAAAGAGCCCAGAGUUCACAGCUAGAUCCAGAGAUGCUUUCAGGAGCUUUGAUCGAUGUGGCAGAUCAUCUGAGAAACCUGACCUUCAGAGUCUGGAAGAAGAUGCAGGAACUUGUUCAAAACACUCCCGUGACUCUGGAUCCAAACACUGCACAUCCACGUCUGAUUCUGUCUGAUGAUCUGACCUGUGUGAAGUACAGCAAGACACAGCAACUGGUUCCUGAUAAUCCAGAGAGGUUUGAGAUAUAUUCCUGUGUUCCAGGUUCACACGGAUUUAACUCAGGGAAACACUUCUGGGAUGUGGAAGUUGGAGACAAUUCAUGGUGGAUCAUUGGAGUAACCACGGAAUCAAACCAAAGGAAAGGAGCAGAUUUCUUUAACACCAAUGUGUGGUGCGUGUGGUACAAUGAUGACAAAUAUUUCUCACAGUCUCAAGAGAUCCCCAACAACCCCUUUUCAGUUGAAGAGAAGCUUCAGAAGCUGAGACUGGAGCUGGACUGGGACAGAGGAAAACUAUCAUUUUGUGAUGCAGUAACUAACAAACAUUUGUGCACACUGACAACCAUCUUCACAGAGAAAGUCUUUCCAUUCUUUUAUAGUUGUGAUGAAAGACCUUUAAGAAUAUUACCAGCUAAAGUGGUUGUUGGAGUCCAGUCCGUGGGGGAACCACCGGAAAGCAAUUUAUACCAGGGGGUAGAAAGUAUAUGAUAUUAAAGGCAACAGACAGAAUUAUUAAGGUGGUGAUAAAAUGUUCUCUUGGAAACAAUUUCAGGAAAGUUCAUUUCUGACCAUGUACUGUAAUAGUCACAAACUGUAAACAGUAUAAUUAUUAUUAGUAGCCAAUAUUUUACUAUAAAUCAAUUAUUUGUGCUACUGAAUCUGCUGAUAUUAAAAUUUUAAAUGGUCGCUGAUUGUAGCUCUUUUGAAACCCAUUACCUGUAAGACCUGAAACUCUUAAAUGACCUCAUGCUCAAAUAAAUCGAAUUCAAUUAACUUGUAUGUUAAUAGCAUCUUUCGUAACGUUUCAAUUUAAAAAAAAAAAAAAAAAAAGUCUGUCUUUAGCUCUAAUGUGAAGUAACUCCAUAUUUGGUGGCUGCUACUAUUUUAUCAUUUAAUUUACAGAAGUUUAGUUU